GCGGAUCUUUUCUCCGACUUUCGGGAAAGGUGACCCCCAGAAUGAUGGAUUAUUAGGAGGGUGACGGCUGGAUGUGAAGACCGCAGCCCACCGCUUGUAGGAUAACCGCCGGCUUCUCUGUGCUGUGACAGACGGCGGGAGGCCGGCGGCGUCGCUUCGUUCAUAGCCCUCUGUGUGUCUGCUGGACACAUCGCACACCGACCGACCGACAGAAUCGCCUCACCGACGUGAGAAUGUGGUGUUCAUCCAUCCACUGACUGACUGCGACUGCGAUGGAGUGUUUGUGUGUUUGCUGUAGUCAUGUCGAUGAGUGACGUCGGGGGUGGCGCGCCGCCCAAACGGCACCGCACACAGGAAGGGGAGGAACUGGUGGCAUCUAGUAUCAGACAAUCGGUAAGGCCUCAAAAGCGCUUGUGGACACAUGACGUGGGGCUGUCUGUCCAUCUGUCUGUCUGUUUGUUGUGGUUCAGUCCAUCGCUGAGGGUAUGGCUCAGCUGGAGGAGCGCAUCGCAUCACUUCAAUCACACGUAGAACAGGUAACCGACACGUUCACAGUGACAUGACGCCAUCCAUCCAGUGGGCUCCCAGUGUGCCCUCUCACUCUCUAUGACGCCGUCGGCUGUUUGUGUGUCUGUCAGGCCACUCGCGAGGCUACCGAUGUGCAGGAGCUCUUCAAGACGACAGUCGCAGCACAGGUCAACCACACACGACCAAACAAUGAUGCCAUCAGCACACUCUCCCACUGUGUGUCUUUGUGCUGUCCUGCAGACGCCAUUUCUCGCCCAGAAGUGGCCUGGCGUGUUGUCGGCUCUCUCGUCGGCUGCCGACGGUCUGCGUGGGAUCGAUGGGGGCGUCAAGGGCACCUGCCGGCCGAUCGGCUGGGCUGAGCCGCCACCACCCAGACACUUGAGCGACGACCUGUCGGCCGAUUUGUGGCGUGACGUCAUCUACCCGAUGCUGUCUGCGGAUGAGGCCGUCUGCUCCGCCCGCCCCACCAGCAAGACACACGGCAGCCAACUCGUCGAUGAGACCUUCAUGCUCACACGCAUCGACAAGGACCUCAAGAAAUACUCACUCACCGGACUCAUCGAUGUCGAGCGCCCCACCCCACCCAUACACACCACACCCACACCCACACCCACAGCAGCAGACACCGACCCCCCCGGUGGCACGCCGACAUACCCACAGCCGGCCAGCGAUGCCGUUACCCCAGCCGAGCGCAUCCGGCUGUUUCGCUACCUGUCGGCGUCCGCCUAUGCACUCGAGCGAGGCGGGGAGCUGUUGCGGCAGCAGAUGGCCGACUUCAUCAACCUGGCGCGCAACUACAAGCUCAUCAAGACACUGCCCCUCCGGCUGGCGGCUGACUGGAUGGCCGAGCACCUGCCCAGCAAGACGGCCUUCGAUGAGCUGCCACUCGCCCUGGCCGUCUACAAGACAUUCGGCCACAUGCUCAGCUGCCAAGGUGACAGCCUGGCGCUGCGGCGGGUGGAUGAGCAGGAUGAUGAGAAUGAGAACGAGAGCGAGAAUGACCAAGACAGCGACAGUGACCUCGAGGACGACGAUAUGGGCGACGAGAGAGGGGAUGAGGAACAAGAUGACGACACCGACCAGCACCAGCAGGAGGGCCAGGGGGGACAGCCAAACGAUGCAGACGGCCAGCAGCAGGGGGGAGGCAACGCUGAGAUUUCAGAGGAGCAGGGGGACGAUGCCAUGGGCGAUGGGAGCGAGCAGGAUGAAGGAGACAACGAAGCCGCGGUUCAGCAGCAGCAGGAGGGGGCUGGGGGCGAUGGUGCAGGAGGGCAGCCGGGCGAUGGGAGUGGUGGGGGCGUGACAAGCCAGCGCUACAGGAUCGGCACCGUUCGCUUCACGACCGUCCCCCUCACCGGUCUGCCCCUCACCCACCCCUACCGCAGCACAUACGACCACAGCGAUCCUGUCGUCCGCAGUGGGGGGUCCCUCCUCCCAUCAUUCACGGAAAUCCUCAAGCGGACGGUCCUGAGGCGGUGGUAUGACGUGACGGCCGGUGGUAUGGGCGCGGAGGGGGUGGAGGAGAAGCUGGUGAGAAGUGUUGAUGUCGGCCGUGACGACAGCCGCUAUCAGUCCCUGAUGACAGCACGAUCCAUUGAGGGCUGCAAGACCGUCGAUAUCAUCGAUGAGGAUCGAUUCGGCCUGGGAGAUGGCGGCCGCCUACGACUCAUCAUCCUCAAGGGCACCGCAGCCAACGACACCAUUGCGGUCCACCUGUGGGUGGCAAAUGGCAUCAUCAACCUCUGGACGACCGAGGCGACAGACAUCGAGCGGCAUCCCGUUGCCGUGGCGGCUGCCCGCCCCUUGUUGGGCAAGUACGGCCUUGAGAGGACAGUGCUCCGAUAGAUGGCUUAGCUGAAGACACAGCGGUGAGGAGGGAGGGGGGAUUCGGGUGAGGGAGAGCAAGUAGCGUGACAUGCAUGUCAUUGGAUCUUUUCACUCCUUGUGUCCUGCGUGUGCUGUGUUGAUGUCUGCAGGUGUCGCAUUAGUCUGUUGGCGGGGCAGUGGGGCGGAGAAGUGCGGCUGACGGGAGGAGUGGGGGAUCGAUUAUGGCGCCUCUUUCUGGGAGGGGGUGACGUAGCCGGCCGACCGACUGGUGGCUGCUGGUCUGUUCUGAUGAAUGAGUGCACGAUGUCCUUCCUGCAUCGCUUCGUGUUAACAAUGACCGGCCGCUGGCGUGAUGCGAUGUGAUGUGUGUCGGUUUACUGUAUCAUGCCUCUCUGUGUGUCGACGCAUACCAUUUGACGAGUGCACUUCGAAGUGACAACAGUGUACACAGACACUUCGGCCCCCAGAGAGAUAUCCAUAUCAUCGG